CUUCCGGUCCUUUGGGGUGAGGUAGCACGGAUCUGGGAAGGCCUGGGGGGCGACGGCCGGGCCCCCCUGAGGCGCCAUGGCCCUGCCGGAGUGGCACAUCGCCGUGAAGCUGGCCGAGCAGCCGCUGGCCCCUAAAGCCAUCCUGCGCCUGCCGGAGACCGAGCUGGGCGAGUGCCCGCUGGGCGGCUGCAGCAUCUCGCACCUCAAACAGCUGAUCACGGGCAAGCUGCAGGAAUCCAUGCCGGACCCCGAGCUCAUCGACCUGAUCUACUGUGGCCGGAAGCUGAGGGAUGACCAGACCCUGGAUUUUUAUGGAAUCCAGUCUGGCUCCACUGUCCAUGUCCUGCGCAAGUCCUGGCCUGAGCCUGACCAGAAACCAGAGCCCGUGGAUAAGGUGGCAGCUGUCCGGGAAUUCCGUGUGCUGCACACUGCCCUGCACAGCAGCCCUGCCUACAGAGAUGCUGUCUUCAAGAUGCUGGGAAACAAGGAAUCCCUGGAUCAGAUCAUUGUGGCUACUCCCGGCCUCAGCAGCGACCCCGUGGCUCUGGGAGUUCUGCAGGACAAGGAUCUGUUCUCUGUGUUUGCAGACCCCAACAUGCUGGACACGCUGAUCCCGGCUCACCCUGCCCUGGUGAACGCCAUCGUGCUGGUGCUGCACUCGGUGGCGGGCAGCACCCCCCUGCCGGCCCCGGACACGUCCUCGCGCGCCAUGGCCCUGGGCUCCUACCGCGACAUGCCGGGUGGCUUUCUCUUUGAGGGGCUCUCUGAUGAUGAAGAUGACUUCCACCAGAGCACCAGGUCCACCCCGUCCAGCAGCACGUCCGGCUCGCGCCCGGCCUCGCUGGGCUACGCGGGGGCGGCGGGGCCGCGACCCAUCACCCAGAGCGAGCUGGCCACAGCCCUGGCCCUGGCCAGCACCCCCGAGAGCAGCUCCCACACACCCACCCCGGGCACACAGGGCCACUCCUCUGGGACGUCCCCGAUGUCAUCCAGUGUGCAGUCAGGGACCCCCAUCACCAACGACCUGUUCAGCCAGGCCCUCCAGCACGCCCUGCAGGCCUCAGGGCAGCCCAGCCUCCAGAGCCAGUGGCAGCCCCAGCUGCAGCAGCUGCGGGACAUGGGCAUCCACGACGACGAGCUGAGCCUGCGGGCCCUGCAGGCCACAGGAGGGGACAUCCAGGCUGCCCUGGAGCUCAUCUUUGCUGGGGGGGCCCCCUAAACCUUCUGCUGGACUGGUGAGUUGUGCUGAGGCAGCAGCUGGGCUGGUCCUGUGCGUGGGGAGCACUGAAGGCAGCUCCAAAUCCUCUCUCCAACCUCCUCAGGACUCUGCAUGGAGAAGGGAAGAGGUGGCUCGGGGCUGGAGACGUGGCCCCUCCAGCUGUGCAAUGUUUUAUCUGUCACCACUCUCUGCCUGUUAUUUCAUUCCCUGCAUUAAAAGGGGCCUGCUCAGUUCCCUGCCUGCUGUGUGGGUCGUGCUCUGUCCUGGCUGUGGUGCAGCUCCCAGCAGGGCAGGAAGGGGAAGCAUUGCUGGCCAGGGGUUAUGGGCAGAUCACGAACAGGGCAGGACUGCUGUGGAACACAUCUCAAGCUGUUUAUUUUCCAGCAUCACUCACAUUAGAUGGUUAUGACAAUGGGAAGAUGCCAGCAGCAGAUAAAGAACUUAAUGUUACAACUCACUUUAAAAGUUUUUUGGCCAAUCACACAAAGCAAAAGCACAGUGACAUUAGUUCUAUCCAACCACUAUAAACACAUGUACCUUCUGUUAAAACAAUGCUUGCUUAUCUCAAAUGCAAUACCUGCUUGUAAGCCUUAAAACACAAUGCACAGAGCUCCAUUAUUAACCUUAGAACUUCCUCAUGUCUUGCUAGAUAAAUUUUUCUGUAGUUUAGAGAGUUAUUCUAGCCAAGUGUUAAUACACAGACCAUUGUUCUA